UGUCUGCGCGCGCAUGUGUGCGUGUGUCUAUUCCUUAUUUCUUUGGACAGAGGAAGAGGCGUCCCCGCACGGUCGGCUCUUAAAGCGACGUGAUGACGCAGUACGCUGUGCGUCCGCGGUCGCUCGGCGCCGGGCAGAUGCAGUCGGAGAGCGCUCGGGCUCCCAGCGUUCUGCUGGUGGAGCCGUUUUACGGCGGCUCUCACAAACAGCUGAUCGACCUGCUGAAAGAAAACAUCGAUGGCUGCUCCGUCUUCACGCUGCCCGCCAAGAAAUGGCACUGGAGGGCGAGAACGGCGGCGCUGCAUUUCAGCCAGACCAUACCCACCUGUCCAUCAUACAGAGUCCUAUUUAGCAGCUCUGUCCUGAACCUGUGUGAGCUGGUGGCUCUCAGACCAGAUCUGGCCCAUCUGAAGAAGAUUCUGUACUUCCACGAGAACCAGCUGGUUUAUCCGGUCCGCAAAGACCAAGAGAGAGACUUCCAGUAUGGAUACAACCAGGUCCUCUCAUGCCUGGUGUCAGACGUGGUGGUGUUUAACUCCAUCUUCAACAUGGACUCCUUCCUGUCCUCCAUCUCCUCCUUCAUGAAGAAGAUCCCAGACCACAGACCCAGAGACCUGGACCUGCUGAUCCGGCCUAAGUGUGUGGUCCUGUACUACCCGGUCCAGUUCCCUGAUGUCAGCAGGCUGCUGCCCAAACACAAACUCCUCCGCAGGCCCGCAGAGCCGUCUCACCAGCAUACUCCACGGUCUGAGCGGGAGGAUCCACAUCAGUCCACUUCGGAACCCAGAGCAGACCAGAGACCAGUUAGUGAGGAGGACACUGAAGACCAGAUGAAACCUCUGCACAUCGUCUGGCCUCACAGGUGGGAGCAUGAUAAAGACCCCGAGCUGUUCUUCUCCACUCUGAUCAAACUGAAGGAGCGACGAGUCGACUUCCACCUGUCGGUGCUCGGAGAGACUUUCACUGAUCCACCAGAGAUCUUCUUGGAGGCCAGACGUCAGUUGGACCGUCACAUCCUGAACUGGGGUUUCCUGUCCAGUAAAGAGGAUUACCUACGAGUGUUGAGUCAGGCUGACGUGGUCGUCUCCACCGCCAAACACGAAUUCUUCGGAGUCGCCAUGUUAGAAGCUGUUCACUGUGGCUGUUAUCCUCUGUGUCCGAAGGCUUUAGUGUAUCCUGAAAUAUUCCCAGCAGAGUACCUGUACUCCACACCUGAGCAGCUCUGUAAACGGCUGCAGGGACUCUGCAGGAGGCCCGACGUCGCCCGACGACACGUCGUCAAGGUCGACACGUCCUCCUUCUCCUGGACCUCUCUGAAGGAGCGCUUUGAGACUCUGCUGGCAGUGCAGCGUCCCUGAACGCACCACGGUGGCUCUGACUUCAGUCCAUUAGCAUCGGCUGGUUUGGAGGUUGUCGGAGCGCCUGCCAGCCCGUCGUCAUGCCUGACUCGACGCCACAGCCCGCAGAAAGCGGCGGUGACUUCCAGCCCGUCUCAGGCACCUCUGAGCCUCAAAUCAAAGGCAGUCUGGUGGGUUGGAGACGCAGAGUCUGGACCUGUAAACGUCCCCGUCCUCUCAGGCUGGAGGACAACUUUCUUUUAUGUGUGUGGUUUGGGUGGAGGAGGGGGGUUAACGUGUAAAAGCUUUCAUGUUUCCACAGGCGGUGCCACCUCAUAUAUCCGGCUGGAUCCAUUUUUAUCCUUUGUGCUGUUGAGUUUCUGUUGUUCACCACAGCGACUGAGCGGCAGCCAGGCUGUGGUUUCUGUCUGCAGCUCCACCUGAGCUGCCAGGUCCAGGACUUAGAAGAAACCAGAAUAAAGUGGAUCUCCAGACACUUCGUACCCACUGAGGCAAAAUGUCACUGUUAGAAAUCUACAACAAAGUCCUGAAGUUGUAUUUUAUCCAAACAAGUGAAAGGAUCUACGUGUUUUUAAUAAAAAUACAAGUUUUUUAUGAGA